CCGAGGAGAGCGCCGAGAGGGCGGCAGCCCCAGAGGUAGUGGAACGCUCGGAGGUCCCGGGAGGGGGCGGCGCCGGCGGCGUACAGGAGGAAGGCGGCAGCCCCGGCGGCGUCCCCCUGGCCGGCGCGCGGCCCGGCCCGGCCACCGCGUCUCCGACUCUGGGCCCCGCCGCCGCCGCCGCCAUGGCCCGGCCGCUGGUACCCAGUUCACAGAAGGCACUGCUGCUCGAGCUCAAGGGGCUGCAGGAGGAGCCGGUGGAGGGCUUCCGUGUGACCCUGGUGGACGAGGGCGACCUGUACAACUGGGAGGUGGCCAUCUUCGGACCCCCCAACACCUUCUACGAGGGCGGCUACUUCAAGGCACGUCUCAAGUUCCCUAUUGACUACCCCUACUCCCCGCCAGCCUUCCGGUUCCUGACCAAGAUGUGGCACCCCAACAUCUAUGAGACUGGGGAUGUGUGCAUCUCCAUCCUCCACCCCCCAGUCGACGACCCUCAGAGUGGGGAGCUGCCCUCAGAGCGGUGGAACCCCACCCAGAACGUCAGGACCAUCCUCUUGAGCAUCAUCUCCCUCCUCAACGAGCCCAACACCUUCUCCCCGGCCAACGUGGACGCCUCCGUGAUGUACAGGAAGUGGAAAGAGAGCAAAGGCAAAGACCGGGAGUACACAGAUAUCAUCCGGAAACAGGUCCUGGGGACCAAGGUGGACGCAGAGCGGGACGGCGUGAAGGUGCCCACCACGCUGGCUGAGUAUUGCGUGAAGACCAAGGCCCCGGUGCCCGACGAGGGCUCAGACCUGUUCUAUGACUACUACUACGAGGACGGCGAGGCUGAGGCCGACAGCUGCUUCGGGGACGACGACGACUCGGGCAAUGAGGAGUCCUGACAGCGCAGUGGCCCCAUGAAUAAACUUACAGAUUUUACCUCACCAGCCCGGCUGUGCCACCGUCUACCUCACCAGAGGUCUGUGCUGCCGGCCCCUCGGUGUCUCGUCUGGGCGUCGCUUUCCUUUCCCGUGCAUUCUGGGCUGUGCCUCAAGAAGGGCCGCAGUGCUGGGGGCCUGCAGGGUCAGGCCUGGGCUGCGGUGGCCUGCGGGGCCCAGACCCCCAUCUGCAGCUCCUGCUGCAGAAGCAGAGUCUCGGGGCGCCCAGCUUGGGAGUGGAUGGUCACCUCGUCCCUCUGCCUUGGUUUGUUUGAGAUUUAAAUAAAAUGACUUUAUGAGAAGCCAGAGAGCUAACCUCUCGUUGGCCUGCCUUAGGAGGUCAAGAGAGUGAUGGUCCCAGGGGGCAGGCCCUGGAUGCCUGCAGCCGCCCCUUGCGUGUGACCUGUGUGACCAGGGCUCAGGAGGGUCAGCAGCCACCCCCUCGUGCCUGGGGGCUCCCUGACAGCUCCCCAGGGGACUCCUUCCUGGGGCCAGCUGACCUUAGAAGGGCUGCAGGGCAGAAAACCGCUUUUUUCAGCAUCGCCCCAACAGCCUGCGGGUGGGUGUUAAGGCUGAGGAUGCGGGUUCCCUGAGGGUCCUGAACCCUUGCCCAGAGAGGCCCUGCCCCGCUGCCUGCAGGUGUGAAGCAUGCCGGGUGCAGGGUGGGGACACUGCUGCUGCAGGCCCGAGGCCCCCCGCCCCCACACCAUGGCCCAGGCCUCUGUGGCUCUGUUUUGUGUGACUGAAGUGGCCGGGUCCAGCUCAUCGGCAUCCUGGGAACGAAGGCCCUACUCGGGGCACCCGGCUGGCCUGACGGGUCACUGAUGCUGGAGCCUGGAUGAUUGCACCAGGGGCACCAGGCAGACCCCAGCAGCCUGCCUCCACAGACACAGCCUCGAUGGUUGGCGCCUGCAGUUUCCUUUGUGUUUUCUUUAGCGUGAAUGAUUUUCCUACAUUAAACGUGGAAGGUUUCACCCAA